UAGUCGAGCACCGUACGCGGAGUAGGCACGUUCCUCAUGUGGUAAAAAAAAAUGGCUGCUGGUGGAGAAAAACAACAGGGUCACAGACCCGGUGUCUUUAAACAGAAGAACAAAGGCCACAAACACGGGAGGCAUCGGACGAAAGGCGAAAUUGAGAGAGAAACCAAAGGUAGAGUGUCGGUGAUUGCCUUGACUAAAAAACAGAGAAAAGAGCAAAACAAGAUUGACAGAAGACACAAAGCCAACCAGCUGCGCAAGAACAAGAAGGAUAUGGUUUUGACAGAAAAGCGGCGUCUGGGCAGCAGGGACGGUCCCCCUCACCUAGUGGCCGUGGUCGCCCUGCAUGCUGGAGUUGACGCCUGGGCUGUCACCAAACUGCUACGAGGGGAGGGCACCGGGGGUCUGGUGCGUCAGGAACAGUGCGUCAGUGGUGUCAGUGACAGCUUCGGUCUGAUUCUGCCUCGUUUUAAACAGAGGUUCACCUUUCUACGCCCAAACACCUCUGACUUACACUCCCUGCUGGAUGUGGCAAAGGUAGCAGACAGCCUGGUUUUUGUGCUUGACUCUACUGAGGGUUGGGACAGCUAUGGAAACUACUGCCUCUCUUGUCUCUUUGCCCAGGGUCUACCUAGCUAUGCACUGGUGUGUCAAGGCAUAUCUGACAUAGCUGUGAAGAAGAAGAUUGAGUCCAGACGCGCUCUGUCAAAGAUCGCAGAGGUCCGGUUCCCCGACGCUCGCCUCUUCCCCCUGGAUGCUGAGCAAGACGCCAUCCUGCUUCUCAGACACCUCGGCACUCAGAGACAAAGGAAACUGGCCUUCCGCUCCAAGCGCUCACAUCUCUUGGCUCAGCAUGUCACUUAUAUUCCCAAUAGCUCUGACAAGGAGACAGGUGGCACGCGCACUGGCUUGGGGACCCUCUGUGUCUCUGGGUAUGUCCGAGGCUGCCCCCUGCAGGUUGACAGACUUGUGCAUAUUAGCGGCCAUGGUGACUUCCAGCUCAGUCAGAUUGAUGCUCCGUCAGACCCCCUACCGCUCAAUGUAACAACGUCAAGACCGGCUAAACCUGGAAAGGGAGGGAAUGUAGACAUGCAGGACUGUAAUGAAGAAGAGCUUCCUGUGCGGGUGCUGAUGAAGGCAGAUCCGUCUCGCAGGGAGAACCUGCAGGCUGAGGCUGAUGUAGACCCCAUGGAUGGAGAGCAGACUUGGCCUACAGACACAGAACUUCUAGAGGCUGAAGAGGCCAGGAAGAACAGACGCGUGAUGAAGGUACCAAAGGGAACGUCCGACUAUCAGGCCGCAUGGAUCAUGGAUGACGGCGAGGCGGACGGCGUGGAGGAUGAAGACAGCUGUGAUGAGGAUGACGAUGACAUGAUCGACGAGGCCAUGGACGAAGAGGAGGAGAAUGACUCACAGGAUCCUGGUUCAGAAGAAGAAGAGGAGGAGGAAGAGGAACUGUGCUGCACAGAGCGGGCGGGCACAGACCAGCGCUAUGAUGAGCACAUGGAUGAGGCUGAGGAGGGAGAGAAUCUAAAACGCUAUCGUGAGGCACGGGCCAAUGAAAUGUUCCCCGAUGAAGUAGACACGCCCCUUGACAUCCCCUCUAAAACUAGGUUCCAGCGCUAUAGGGGUCUGAAGAGUUUCCGGUUCCCCUGGGACCCCUUAGAAAACCUGCCCCUCAACUACUCGCGGAUCUUCCAGUUCCAGAGCUUUGAGCGCACCCGCCGCCGCAUACUGGCUGAAGCUGCAGAGGAGGUGGAAGGAGCCAUGGUGGGUUGGUAUGUUACCCUCCACAUCGCUGACGUUCCUGCUUCUGUAAUGGAGAGCGUCCAGUUAGGCAGACCUCUGGUGUUGGUGUCGCUACUGCCCUAUGAACAGAAGAUGUCAGUGAUGCACCUGCUGGUGAGGAGACACCCCAGCAAUACAGAGCCCAUCAAGGCGAAGGAUGAGCUCAUAUUUCACUGUGGAUUCAGGAGGUUCAGGGCCUCUCCCAUCUUCUCACAGCACACCUCAGCGGACAAGCAUAAGAUGGAGCGUUUCCUUCGCCCCGAUGCCCCGACUGUGGUGUCCGUGUACGCCCCCAUCACCUUUCCCACCGCCGGGGCUCUGCUCUUCAAACAAAGAGACGACGACAUGCAGGACCUGGUGGCCACAGGCAGUCUGCUGAGUUGCGACCCGCAGCGUGUUGUGCUCAAGAGGAUUGUGCUGAGUGGACACCCCUUCAAGAAACCGCCGUUCUGCGUUGUCCGUUACAUGUUCUUCAACAGGGAUGACAUCAUGUGGUUCAAGCCAGUCGAGCUGCGAACAAAGUGGGGUCGCAGAGGUCACAUCAAGGAGGCUUUAGGUACGCAUGGUCACAUGAAGUGUGUAUUUGAUAAUCAGCUGCCCUCUCAAGACACCGUCUUAAUGAAUUUGUACAAGAGAGUGUAUCCCCGCUGGACGUAUGACCCGUACGUUCCACUAUCCCUACCGUGGGUCAAGAGAGAGGGGUCGAGAUGACGGAGGACAUCGACAUGGGCUCGUAGACGGGACCGCGUCUCUGAACAGAAACGACUGGGAUGGACACAUGCAUAACAUCUGCACAAAUGUGCCAAGUGUAUCAAAUAAAGGUAUU